UAUAACAAGACUCCACUUCACUAUGCAGUAGAAAAAGGUGAUCAUGAAUCAGUUGAUGCAUUGGUGUCAGAAGGUGCUAAUGUAAAUGUAGUUGAUAAGUACAACAAGACUCCACUUCACUAUGCAGUAGAAAAAGGUGAUCAUGAAUCAGUUCAGAUAUUGAUAUCAGCAGGUGCUAAUGUAGACGUAGUUGAUGAGGAAUUUGACACUCCAUUACAUAAAGCUACAUUAUAUGGAUUCACACCUAUUGUUGAAUUGUUAAUUAAAUAUUCUGCCAAUAUGAACGCUGUCAAUAAAGACAAGGACACUUCAUUACAUCUCGCUGCCUUUAAUGGACGCACUCCUAUAGUGGAGAAGUUACUACAUAAAGGUGCUAAUGUGAAUGCUGUCAAUAAAGGCGGUGACACACCGCUGAUGGAUGCAUGCUGUAUGAAUAAAUUGGACAUAGCUACACUGUUAUUAUCUAAAUCAGCAGAUGUAAAUCACUAUAAUAUGAAACAUAAGAACGCACUGUUUAAAAUGAUUGAUGAGGCCAGCUGGUGUGUCAAGACAUCACAAGAUAAAGCCAAUGCAUUGAAUAUCAUGAAGAUUUUAUUAGAGAAAAACAUUGAUAUGAUGUCACCAAAUAAGGAUGAGACUGCAAUCGAGUAUGUGAGGUCUAAAAUUGGUACAGGAAGUGAUCUUCAGAACAAAUUUUAUGAAGAAGCUGAGAUAUUGUUGACAAAAGUGAAAAAGGAACGUGACUAUAAAAUACUACAGAAGGAGCAAGGAAUCCCGAUUGAAACAACAAAAUUACUGUUUUGUGGAGAUGGAGGUUCAGGGAAAACAACUCUGAAGAAGUCUUUACUCAAAACAUCCAAAUCUAAAGCUGGUCCUGCUCCAGGCAAAGAUAAUUAUGUUCUGACCCCAGGCAUAGACAUAUCUAAAGAAAAAGUGCCAGGUGUUGGUAAAAUGGUUAUGUUAGAUAUGGCAGGACAAGAGAGUUAUUUUUCCAGUCACGCCAUGUUUCUAUAUGCCGGUUUGGCUACUAUAAUUGUGAUGUACCAGGUGUGUGACUUUAUAAACGGGAAGAUAAUCAGACCGUUGGAUAUUAUGGAGAGAGAAAAGACUCGGAUUACUAAAUGGUUUCAAAUGUUAAAAGUCAGAAACCCUGGAGUUAAGCUGACGGUAAUCUUAGUAGGAAGCAGAGCUGAUUGGGCUAAAAAAUUUAAUUAUUAUUCUGAAGCUUUCAAAAUGGCUAAAACAUUGAAAGAAGGAUUGGAGAAGAUAUUUAGUCAAUAUAUUCAUAUCUUAGAUGAACUAUUGAUUCUCAAUGUACACGAUUAUGCUAGUUCUGGUAUGAAAACCUUGCGGCGAAUUCUGAAAACACGAAGAGAAUACGUGAUUCAGAUAUCAGAGCCAAUGCCAGCGAUAUGUGCAAAGAUACUUCGUAGAAAGAAAAAAUGGAUUAAGAAACGUAAAUUUUUUCCUGUUAUGUAUUGGAACGAUUAUGUGACCAAUGUUAGACUAGACAUCGAUUCAUCAGUUGAAGAAGUUUUCCUGAGUAAGGCAUCUGAGUAUCUUUAUGACAACGGAGAUAUUCUGUAUAUCAGAAUGUCUGAUAUGGAAGCUGUGAUAAUACUUGUUCCUCAGUGGUUUUGUGAUAGAAUAAUCGGACCACUUAUGGCUACUGACCUGUUUGUCCAGUACGCGAAGAUAUUAAAGAAGCAGACGAUAUACACAUUUGAAGACAUCCAAGAAGUGCUUGUGAAGGAAGCAGAUAUGGGCUUGCUGAUACCCCUGCUGACCCACUUUGAUAUAAUUGUUCCAUUGAGUGCAAAUGAUUAUGGUGGUGGCCAUCAAGGGAAGUAUAUUAUUCCAAAUUUACUUUCAACAGAUAUGCCAAAAGAUAAGUGGAAAGCAGAACCCCAAAUGCGUCUUUAUUUUGGUAAAGAAUUCCUGUGCAAGGCAGAAGCUGAUAUGUUUUCUCCCAAUUUCUUUCCUCGACUGCAAGCACGUCUUCACGAUCUUUACACAAAAUUGCAGCGGCCACCAAGUGGUAUAUGGAAAAACGGUAUCAAGCUCUGUGAGGAUGUUGAAGCCCUGGUCUUUCUUUCAGAAGACAAACGUGAUGUUGGUGUCGCCGUUCGAUGUGAAGGAAGAAACCAAUUUGAAGAGUGUCAUUCGUUAAAGCAAAAGGUAGCUGUUGUUAUGCGUCAGGUGUUACAUGAAACAAGCCCUGGUGCAGAUGUGGAGUUUCAUGUCACUAGCAGAUUUUCCUUGCGAAACCACCAUGACCUCAAUGAAGUCAGAUCAUAUCCGAUAGAGCAAAUACUUCAAGCAGAAAAAAUGAAAGUCACAGUCUAUGAUGAAGUGAUUGGAAUAGCAGAGGAGGUUACAGAUUUACUGGUUCCAGGAUUUGACCUGACAGUUCUAAAAGAAAAUGGUAUCAAGUCUGAUGUAAAGUGGAUGGAGCACAAAACAAGACAAGAAGUGGCGAUUCUAUUGGAAAAAGAAAGAGAUGACACUAAAGACCACCGACUGCUGUCUCGGUAUAUGGGGAUAUCUCGUGCUGAACAUGAAGCAAUAGCUGCACGUGCUUCCAAUGCAGGUCUUUAUGUUACUGAUUUACUCCUUGACAAGUGGUCUGAAAACUGGGUAACAACUGUUAGAAGAGAUGGAGCAUCCGCAAAGUCAACAGAUGGGAAGGUGUAUCAUGAAAGCAGCAUCGAAAAUCUGUUGGAAAUCAACAAGUUGUACCUAGAAAACUACUUUGUGACACGUGCGAUUGAAGAUAUGCUUAAAUACCCAGAUGGAAAACCUCAACAAGCUAAAGUGGAAGACGAAGAAGAGGAUGAAUGA